CGGUGGUUAUAGAGUGGGAGGAAGGUGACAAAUAGUGACUGUCACUCAGCCUACUGUAGCCCGUCUGUGGAGGGGGGAGUGCCGUCACAACCAGUGAACCGGCAUACGAACGCGCUAGUUGGUUGCUCCCAGCUGACAAACAACUGACAACUGUCAGGGAGUGUGUGCCUUAACACGUGGAGGAGCAGAUCUUUCUUGGAUACACUAUGUUGUCUUUGGGAUAGUUGAAGAGUUGUUGAUUGCCAUCCACUUUCUCCAGCAUCCCGAUAUGUAGUCAGCAGCACAAGCAGAGUGUAUUUCUCCCGUUUUUGAACAAUUUUUCCUCUUAAAAAGCUCCCUCUACCUCUCGGGCUGGACUGCGGUGCAUUGACGUCGGCUCGCCCUCCCCUGCCCCCUCGCCCCCCAGCAAUGGCCUCACGCAUUGGUCUGCGGAUGCAGCUGAUGCGAGACCAGCUGCAGCAAGAGGAGCAGCGUGAGAGGCAGCAGAUACAGCAGCAUCUGCAGCAGAAUGCAGCCCUGCAAUACAUGCAGCAUUGCAUGGCUGGGCCACCUGCACCCACGCCAGCCAUUAGCACCCCACAGCAUCACCAAAGCAUGCAGGUCCCCGUGGAGGUUCUUAAGGUACAGACGCACCUCGAGAACCCUACAGACUACCACAUCCGUCAGUCUCGGAGGCAACAGGUGAAAGAAUUCCUGUCCACCACCUUUGCCACCAAACAGACGGUCCACGCAGUAGCAGGGCUGGUGCCGCCCUCUCCUCCCACAAACAUGGGACCUACAGGGGGUUCAGCGUCGGCCCCCCCACCCCUUCGCUCCCCACACAUGCGCACCGAGCAGCUCAUGUCUGGAAACAGUGCCCCCAACAGCCCCAUGGCCAUGCUCAACAUCAGCUCCAGCCACGAGACAGAGAUGGAUGAGGUCAUUGAUGACAUCAUCAGCAUGCAGUCCAAUUACGAUGAUAUUCAGGCAUACAUUGACCCUAUACAGAUGCCAAACACACUCCCCCUGUCUAGCAGUCACCUGGAUGUGUAUACAGGUCCGGGGAUGAAGGGCCCAGCCAUGGCUAUGACCAGCAACUCCUGUCCUGCCAACCUGAGCAUCAAACGAGAACUGACAGAAGUCCGUGCGAUGGCCAAGGAGAGACAGAAGAAAGACAACCACAAUCUGAUUGAAAGGAGGAGGAGAUUCAACAUCAAUGAUCGUAUCAAAGAGUUGGGCACCAUGAUCCCCAAAACCAAUGACCUUGAUGUGCGCUGGAACAAAGGCACUAUACUGCGGGCGUCUGUAGAGUACAUCAAACGCAUGCAGAAGGACGCGCAUAGAUCCAGAGAGGUGGAAAACAACUUCAAAAGGAUGGAAAUGGCCAACAAACAACUGAUGUUACGCAUCCAGGAGUUGGAGAUGCAGGCUCGUAUACAUGGCCUGCCCAGCCCCUCCCCCUCUGCCCUGAACCAGACUGACCUGAUGGCUUCUUAUAUAAAACAAGAGACCAGCCCAGAGGAAAACCUCUCUCACCAAAUGGCACAAGCCCACCACCAGCCCCAGCACCUACCCCAGAACCAGGCUCAUCCCCAGGCCCAGCAGCACCACUUCCUUCACCAGAACCACCUCCAUCCCCAGGGCCAGGUUCAGCAGCAGCCCAGGCAGCUGCCACCGCUCCCCCAACACCUGCAGCAGCCCCAGCCACCCAUCCAGUACCCAGCUGUAGGCAGCUCCCAGCCCUUUGACUUUACCCAGUCGCUGGACUUGUGUGAUGGGAUACCCGGCUUCUCAGACGGCAUGUCGGGGCUAGGCGACCUGGGUGGACUGGAUGUCCAGGGGAGGAGAGGCGAGCUGGGCUUCCUGAUGAUGGACGAGCCCUUGUCCCCUAUGGGAGGAGACCCACUGCUCUCUGCGAUGUCGCCCGAAGCCUCGGUCGACUCCAGCCGCAGAUCCAGCUUCAGCAUAGAGGAUGGAGACAUACUGUAGACACGUUCAUACAAACACAUACAUUCAGUCACACGAACGAAGGCAAAAUGUUAAACAACAUCAACAAGUGAUGGUACAUCGGCACAACACAUGUUAAACAACAUCAACAAGUGAUAGCACAUUCAACAGAAAGGAAACAGCAACCAGUUGUGACAUCAUUCACCCAGCACACACCAAUACACAUACUAUACACAUCACACUAUUUGAACACACACCCAUGACUCAUUUGUGGUACAAUUACCCCCCGCCUUUAACGGCACAAGCAAAAGAAGGAACACAGCCAAUAUUCUGUAUAGUGCAAACGUUUGCGCGCGCACACACACACACACACACACACACACACACACACACACACACACACACAAGCGCAGGUGAGAUAAACUAAGCAGCUUGAAAUUUUGCCCAACAGAGCAUUUACAAGGGGUGAAACAACACUGCCAGGUUAGGAGUUAUAUUGCACACUUGGCCUUGUUGCCAUAGAGGUGGCUCUGAAUCAUAAUUGAACAAGGGACAAAACCAGCAGUUAAUUAGAUGGAAGUUAUCAGAUACAAGGACAGCCAAGUGCAUUAUCUCACUUGAUAGAGGACAAGUUAUUUUCUCCGUACAUCAACCCUCUUUUAGUAACCAUAAAUGAUUGAAUGAAUGAUAGUGAAUAAAAUGGAAACAGCUUCUUGGUCCUGCAUGCAUAAUUUAUCUAAAGGGGAUGCAGUCCGGUCACAUUGUUCUCUUCCUCUAUCUGUUAUUCUAUUGUUGGCUUUUGCCUCUAGCACCAGCUAUUUGGUGUUCGACACAAAUCUGUGUUAGCCUGCUAAGCCCAAGUGAUUUCUUCAAGCAUCCACACUUUAGGAAACAUUUUAAAACUCACCGUAGAAGGCAGAUAAACCAGUUUUCAGCAAAGCCCCUUUCAUUUAUACAACCACCCCACUUCUGACUGUAAUUGUUGUCUUCUCACAAACACACACUUGCUGUCCCACAGUGUCUACACCUUUAACACUUGACACAGUCAUGACCUUUACUGUGGAGAGAAUAGAGAAAACAUUUAGAUGGUCUUCAGAAUACAGCGUGUCGUCCUCAACUGUGAGGUGUCAAAAUACUCAGGUACUGUAACAGAAUACACAAGCCGGAUCAUUUUUAAGCAGUAGCAGAUGUUAACCUGAACCGUGUCGGGCUCAUAACCCCUAUCAGUGUGCCUUUUCAUUUUUGCAGCUGCUGCUCCUCAAAGGCAUGUUAUUAUAGGUUGGAGAUCACCACCAGGUUUUAGAUUUAAUAUCAACUUCAAUUAUACCUGUAAAUGCUUUAGGGUUUGCUUCUGUACCAUCUAUACCAGUGUUGUUGCAGCAGAUGAACGUUUCAUUUUUUCUCUCCCUAAUUGUCUUGGUAGAACCCAGCUUGCUUGAGAGGCCUGGGUGAAGGAAAUAUAGAGUGACAGGGUUUAAUCCUGUAGAGAGAAAGAGAUAGUUUGUCUCAGCUGUCAGCAGAAGUUGUGUAAUCUCCUCUGUUAAAGCACAACAUCAAAACACACUUGCAUGCAUUCACACACUCUCACUCGGUUCACAAGCAGGCAUGCAUUAAAUGUUCAGAUGCUCACCCAAUAGUUUGCAAACAUGCAUUAUAGUGUUCACAUGCAUACAAAACAUACAGUGCAGCCUUGAGGCUGUUUUCAAAUCAGCAUGUUAACAAGUCUCCUGUGCUUCAGUCUCUCCCUGACGAGUCGAGUGAAGCUGCCGCCUGCAGAGGUAAAACUCAGGUCCACUUUUAGAACUGCCACCUAAAGGGAAUCUGUUGUCCCACUGGCUGCAGCUGCCACAGUGAUGUUGGGAAAGGCUGAGGUGGACCUGAGUCGUAUCUCUGCUGCGGUAGACCUGGGGCUUGGCUUUGAUUUGAUAUAGCUUAUGAUCAGUACUGAUUAGAGGUAGAAAAAAACUUUGAUGGUGAUUCUUUUUUUUUUUUUUGAUUAAAGAAGCGUUUGUUUUCUUUAUUAUAGUUUGUUGUUUAUUUUAUCUCCAAAAGCACUGGAAACUAUAUUAUUAUUUUGACUUUGUACAUGGAAGAAUUAUGGAAUACGAUUUAUUUCAGAUGUUAUAUGCCACUAAGCCACUUAAAUGUAUUUUAUUUGUAUUUGUUGUAUUAGUUGUAUUACAAUUUUAUUCCAAAACUACCCUUUUCUUCUCAGAGCCAUUUUCAGUAAGCACACUGUAAAGGCACACAAGCCACCAAUGUUUUAUUGAGGAAGAUUGGGGAGCCGUUUGUAAACUUCCAGAACUGACUUUAAAGAGAUAAUGAUGUACAUUUAUGAUGCCAUUUUUAUAUGAUUGGGUUUUUAUUUUUCUCUCUAUUUUAACUUUGAAUUUUUGGAGCCAGACCGAAGCUUGAUCAUUUGAUUUGAAUAAAUUCAAAUUGCUCAUUUUAUGAAUGUAAGCUUUACCAGUGGCUCUGGUCAGACUGAAGCAGGUCGCUAUGCUCCCUUCCUUCCUGACUUUGGUUUCCAUAGAGACUGGAAGAUGACUUCAAAUAAACUCUGAGCCGGGGAGUAUUGGUUGCCAUGGCAUGGUUUCACUGACUCUGCAUCAGUCACUGCCUUUCUGCCAGAGUUGUGCCUUUUCCCUAUCAGCCACAGUUUGACUUUUGUUGUACUUUCACCCAGCCAACACUCCAAAGAGCUGCUCAGGCCUCCUCUACUUUUCCACUAGAGGGCGCUCUGCAGAGCAAACUACACAGGGAAAAGUGGUUCUGAUUUUACUGAGAAUAUAAAAUGUUUUACCAGAAUCCAUUCAUUGGCUUUUAGUGUUUUUUAUUGUGUGACUUAAGAAAUCAGUGUGUGUGAAUGUGUGUUUGUGUGUAUGUGUGUGUGUUUUGUGUGUGUGUGCACAAGCGCUCUGAUAUUGAUUGGAUGGGGACAAAAACAUUGUCACAUUGAGGGGACACAACUUCCAUUUGGGGACAAAUACCUUAAAACCAUGUUAAAGUCUCCCUCCACUCAAACAUUUGAUUUGCUUUUCUUUUCUUUGAUGUCUGAGCUUCACUGUGCAGACAUACAAGGACAUUUGGUGCAGGAAUACACAUGCAUCUAAAUAAUUGUAA